AUGAAUGUUGAAUUUAAAGAAUUUAAAGAAUUUAAAGAAUUUAAAGAAUUUAAAGAAUUUAAAGAAUUUAAAGAAUUUAAAGAAUUUAAAGAAUUUAAAGAAUUUAAAGAAUUUAAAGAAUUUAAAGAAUUUAAAGAAUUUAAAGAAUUUAAAGAAUUUAAAGAAUUUAAAGAAUUUAAAGAAUUUAAAGAAUUUAAAGAAUUUAAAGAAUUUAAAGAAUUUAAAGAAUUUAAAGAAUUUAAAGAAUUUAAAGAAUUUAAAGAAUUUAAAGAAUUUAAAGAAUUUAAAGAAUUUAAAGAAUUUAAAGAAUUUAAAGAAUUUAAAGAAUUUAAAGAAUUUAAAGAAUUUAAAGAAUUUAAAGAAUUUAAAGAAUUUAAAGAAUUUAAAGAAUUUAAAGAAUUUAAAGAAUUUAAAGAAUUUAAAGAAUUUAAAGAAUUUAAAGAAUUUAAAGAAUUUAAAGAAUUUAAAGAAUUUAAAGAAUUUAAAGAAUUUAAAGAAUUUAAAGAAUUUAAAGAAUUUAAAGAAUUUAAAGAAUUUAAAGAAUUUAAAGAAUUUAAAGAAUUUAAAGAAUUUAAAGAAUUUAAAGAAUUUAAAGAAUUUAAAGAAUUUAAAGAAUUUAAAGAAUUUAAAGAAUUUAAAGAAUUUAAAGAAUUUAAAGAAUUUAAAGAAUUUAAAGAAUUUAAAGAAUUUAAAGAAUUUAAAGAAUUUAAAGAAUUUAAAGAAUUUAAAGAAUUUAAAGAAUUUAAAGAAUUUAAAGAAUUUAAAGAAUUUAAAGAAUUUAAAGAAUUUAAAGAAUUUAAAGAAUUUAAAGAAUUUAAAGAAUUUAAAGAAUUUAAAGAAUUUAAAGAAUUUAAAGAAUUUAAAGAAUUUAAAGAAUUUAAAGAAUUUAAAGAAUUUAAAGAAUUUAAAGAAUUUAAAGAAUUUAAAGAAUUUAAAGAAUUUAAAGAAUUUAAAGAAUUUAAAGAAUUUAAAGAAUUUAAAGAAUUUAAAGAAUUUAAAGAAUUUAAAGAAUUUAAAGAAUUUAAAGAAUUUAAAGAAUUUAAAGAAUUUAAAGAAUUUAAAGAAUUUAAAGAAUUUAAAGAAUUUAAAGAAUUUAAAGAAUUUAAAGAAUUUAAAGAAUUUAAAGAAUUUAAAGAAUUUAAAGAAUUUAAAGAAUUUAAAGAAUUUAAAGAAUUUAAAGAAUUUAAAGAAUUUAAAGAAUUUAAAGAAUUUAAAGAAUUUAAAGAAUUUAAAGAAUUUAAAGAAUUUAAAGAAUUUAAAGAAUUUAAAGAAUUUAAAGAAUUUAAAGAAUUUAAAGAAUUUAAAGAAUUUAAAGAAUUUAAAGAAUUUAAAGAAUUUAAAGAAUUUAAAGAAUUUAAAGAAUUUAAAGAAUUUAAAGAAUUUAAAGAAUUUAAAGAAUUUAAAGAAUUUAAAGAAUUUAAAGAAUUUAAAGAAUUUAAAGAAUUUAAAGAAUUUAAAGAAUUUAAAGAAUUUAAAGAAUUUAAAGAAUUUAAAGAAUUUAAAGAAUUUAAAGAAUUUAAAGAAUUUAAAGAAUUUAAAGAAUUUAAAGAAUUUAAAGAAUUUAAAGAAUUUAAAGAAUUUAAAGAAUUUAAAGAAUUUAAAGAAUUUAAAGAAUUUAAAGAAUUUAAAGAAUUUAAAGAAUUUAAAGAAUUUAAAGAAUUUAAAGAAUUUAAAGAAUUUAAAGAAUUUAAAGAAUUUAAAGAAUUUAAAGAAUUUAAAGAAUUUAAAGAAUUUAAAGAAUUUAAAGAAUUUAAAGAAUUUAAAGAAUUUAAAGAAUUUAAAGAAUUUAAAGAAUUUAAAGAAUUUAAAGAAUUUAAAGAAUUUAAAGAAUUUAAAGAAUUUAAAGAAUUUAAAGAAUUUAAAGAAUUUAAAGAAUUUAAAGAAUUUAAAGAAUUUAAAGAAUUUAAAGAAUUUAAAGAAUUUAAAGAAUUUAAAGAAUUUAAAGAAUUUAAAGAAUUUAAAGAAUUUAAAGAAUUUAAAGAAUUUAAAGAAUUUAAAGAAUUUAAAGAAUUUAAAGAAUUUAAAGAAUUUAAAGAAUUUAAAGAAUUUAAAGAAUUUAAAGAAUUUAAAGAAUUUAAAGAAUUUAAAGAAUUUAAAGAAUUUAAAGAAUUUAAAGAAUUUAAAGAAUUUAAAGAAUUUAAAGAAUUUAAAGAAUUUAAAGAAUUUAAAGAAUUUAAAGAAUUUAAAGAAUUUAAAGAAUUUAAAGAAUUUAAAGAAUUUAAAGAAUUUAAAGAAUUUAAAGAAUUUAAAGAAUUUAAAGAAUUUAAAGAAUUUAAAGAAUUUAAAGAAUUUAAAGAAUUUAAAGAAUUUAAAGAAUUUAAAGAAUUUAAAGAAUUUAAAGAAUUUAAAGAAUUUAAAGAAUUUAAAGAAUUUAAAGAAUUUAAAGAAUUUAAAGAAUUUAAAGAAUUUAAAGAAUUUAAAGAAUUUAAAGAAUUUAAAGAAUUUAAAGAAUUUAAAGAAUUUAAAGAAUUUAAAGAAUUUAAAGAAUUUAAAGAAUUUAAAGAAUUUAAAGAAUUUAAAGAAUUUAAAGAAUUUAAAGAAUUUAAAGAAUUUAAAGAAUUUAAAGAAUUUAAAGAAUUUAAAGAAUUUAAAGAAUUUAAAGAAUUUAAAGAAUUUAAAGAAUUUAAAGAAUUUAAAGAAUUUAAAGAAUUUAAAGAAUUUAAAGAAUUUAAAGAAUUUAAAGAAUUUAAAGAAUUUAAAGAAUUUAAAGAAUUUAAAGAAUUUAAAGAAUUUAAAGAAUUUAAAGAAUUUAAAGAAUUUAAAGAAUUUAAAGAAUUUAAAGAAUUUAAAGAAUUUAAAGAAUUUAAAGAAUUUAAAGAAUUUAAAGAAUUUAAAGAAUUUAAAGAAUUUAAAGAAUUUAAAGAAUUUAAAGAAUUUAAAGAAUUUAAAGAAUUUAAAGAAUUUAAAGAAUUUAAAGAAUUUAAAGAAUUUAAAGAAUUUAAAGAAUUUAAAGAAUUUAAAGAAUUUAAAGAAUUUAAAGAAUUUAAAGAAUUUAAAGAAUUUAAAGAAUUUAAAGAAUUUAAAGAAUUUAAAGAAUUUAAAGAAUUUAAAGAAUUUAAAGAAUUUAAAGAAUUUAAAGAAUUUAAAGAAUUUAAAGAAUUUAAAGAAUUUAAAGAAUUUAAAGAAUUUAAAGAAUUUAAAGAAUUUAAAAAUGUAGCAAUGUCUUUUCGCACUGCUCCAAAUUUAUUAAUGCCAAUUCUUUGAAAGCAAUAUUUUCACUUUGAAAUUUAAAGAAUAAGAUCGUUUGUGAUGCCUACAUAUCGAUAAGACGAAAAUAUUUCUUAACUACAGUAUAAAAAUUUCCAUAACACUGAAUUUUCUGGCAAUUUUUGUUUUUGUGUUUGAUACACUGACCAUAAAAAUGGGUCCAUGAUCUUCUAAAUCUGUAAAUUGCAUAUAGUGCAAUUCUGCUGCACCCAUAAUGCCCAUUAUUAAAGCAACCUAAAAUAAUUAGAUACCGAAUUAUCCUAGGAGUCGAGCGUGAGUUUUAAUAACUCAUUGUUAUAACUCACGCUGUUUGUUAAUGGGUACUAUUAAUUGCACAAAAGCAGUUAAAUAAUUAAUAUAUAAUUUAAUAGGAGUAGAUAGAAAUAUUUAAAAAAUAAAAGAAUCUAA